AUGGACGAAACUGUGCACCUACAACAGGGGGCGACACCCGAUAAUGUCGACCAUUUCUCGCUAUUCCGAAACUACAACUACACCGAGCCCUGGGCCUACAAUGUUCUCGACGUACUGAUGGUGAACACGGAGAUCCAGAUGGAGUCUUGGCGGCACAUCUUUUUCUCCAUCCUUCUCUGGCUGGCUAUCUCCCAUCUGAUCGUCCACCUUGUCGCCAUACUUGUGGCAUUGGUGAUGCUGCGCAAACAUGAAUACGUCAUCAUUACCAUCGUGCCAAUGCUAGUCGUCGCCAUCCUGUUCCCGGCGACUAUCGGGGCCGUGACGACAGCCAUCAUUUCUUCCGCCCUCUCAUCUGCCAACAAAACGGUUAGCCCACUCUACUGCCUGGGACUCGGCCUUAUACAAACAUUCUUCUAUGUGGUAUUCUCGUAUAGUCGGAUAUUAGCUACGCUG